AUGGCUGCUACGCCAUCAGACAGCAAUGGAGCCUCCCCGGGCGACCACGAACUCGAGGUCAUGGCGGACAGCAAGCCCAGUCUCCCAGUGGAGGAGGAUAUAAUGCAGUUGGCUCGGCUGGGAGAAAUUGCGGCUAUCCAGAAACUCUUCGACAGCGGCAAGGCGGAUGCGACAUUCAAAGAUGAGCAGGGCAUAACACCGCUACAUUGGGCCGCCAUCAACAAUCACUACGCUCUCUGCCACUUCCUUAUCCAAGCUGGCGCGCCCAUCAACGCAAAGGGCGGCGAUGCUGUUGCGACACCCGUCCUCUGGGCUGCGAAGCGUUGCAACUACUACAUUGUCAACCUCCUGCUCGACCACGGCGCCGACCCUCUCCUCACCGACGACCAAGGCUUCAAUCUCCUGCACAGCGCCACGCUUGACGGCAAUGUCUACCAGAUCGUCUUGCUGCUCCACCAGGACAUACCCGUUGAUAUUCCAGAUCCCCAGAGCCAUACCCCGCUCAUGUGGGCUGCAUACAAGGGCUAUCCGUCUUGUGUUGAUUUGUUCCUCAGAUGGGGCGCCAACGUGUACGCGACCGACGACCAGGGCUUCACUGCACUCCAUUGGGCCCUGGUAAAGGGGAGUCAGGGAUCAAUACAGAAGCUACUAGAGUAUGGCGCCGACCGAUUCGCCAAGAACAACGACGGCAAGACACCAGAGGUCACGGCGCAGGAGAUGAACACUACUCGGCAAUGGCGUCGCGCCCUCAUGGAAGCUGGCUUCGAUCGAAAUGGAAAUCCGAGACAAUUCCCCAUCCCAGGUAUCAAGGACACGAGAUGGUUCCUGAGUCGCUUCAUAUUCUUCUGGCCGUUUGCUAUACUUUUCACUGCACUUUUCCUCGUCAGCCACUACCCGGCGUUUGUUGGUAUACCCUUGUCGUUGAUUGUCGCCUAUCUCAUGCAAUGGGGAGCACAGUGGCUUUUGCGAUGGGGUCCCUCCAACAUGCGAAGCAUACAUCAUACUCCUUUCUUGGCCGGCAUCUUCGCCGGCACACUGUUCUGGGUCGGUCUUCGUUGGGCAACAACAGUCUUACCCUGGACAAUUCGAACCAACUUCUUUAUGAACUUUCUCUUCGCAGCAUUCUACGGACUCACGGCCUAUUUUUACUUCUUCACCAUGACUAUUGAUCCCGGCUUUGUACCCAAGUCGGCGAGCAGGAGUGCUUCCAAGGCAGUCAUUGACGAGCUUAUGGAGCUACGACAAUUUGAUGAACGCCACUUUUGUGUAAACUGCAUGGUGCGGAAGCCUUUGCGUAGCAAGCAUUGCAAGAGAUGCGAGCGCUGCGUUGCAAAGAGUGAUCAUCAUUGUCCAUGGGUGAACAACUGUGUGGCGAACAACAACCACAGACAUUUCGUGCUGUAUGUACUGUCUCUGGAACUCGGUAUUGUUAUGUUCAUAAGGCUGGCCCUUGCUUAUCUGGAAAUCCGUGAAGCGCCCAAAGAUUUCCCCAAAUGCGCAGUCAUCUCGCCGGAUCUUUGCAAAGUCCUCAACAAAGACCCAUUUACGAUUGUACUGUCGAUAUGGGCUGCCUUCCAACUGACAUGGGUGACCAUGCUUCUUUGUGUUCAGCUUCUUCAGAUCGCGCGCAAUCUCACGACCUACGAAAGCAUGCGCGGACACCUUCAUGGCGGCACACCUGCGGAUGCGCUCAACUCAUUUGUGACCACCGGCGAUACGAGCCAAGACGUGUCCGGCGGUGCCGGGAACGCGCCCACGAACGGUUUCGGCUCUGGUCAAGAUACAGGCGACAUCCCACGUCGUCCUCAACCUAAAGCUUCUAUUUGGGAUCAAUGGAAGCGUCUGCUUGGAAUCGACACCUUCCUUACAAUUGCCCUUCACGGAAGCCAAGGAGAACAAAUAAUGCGACAAAGACGGGGCAACCCCUUUUCACGAGGUAUCGUUACGAAUUGCAAGGAUUUCUGGUGCGACGCCAGUCCAAUGUUUGGUUCAAAAGAGAGCUGUGCGCCGAAUGUCGAAAAUGACAUCAUCCGAGGCCCUGAGAGGGUGGAGGACCCUUUCGCGAUGCGCUGGCCCGACGCCGAAGAGAAUUGCGGUGGGACGCAACCUGACAGUCGAUGGCAAGAGGGCGAUAUGCACCAACUGCACGAGAAGUUCAAGACAGGCGAGGCAUGCGCCAGGGCACGCUCCUGCGCGCCCGAGCAACGUUGCCCAUGUGCCGAACAGAGUUUCCUUUGCGCCGAUGCAACUGAAGACCCUGAGCGAACCCAUGGCCCCAUGGCCGAGUACGAUGCGCGCGUCGAAUCCGGGCGAUUACGAGACGACGAGCACCAACGCAACAUCAUCAGGAAUCUUCAAGACCUCCACGAUAUGCUGCAAUCCUAUGAACAACCACCUGUCCAGCAACCUACCAUCGAGUCCCUUCAACCACCUAAAAAGUCCUUCUUCUCCUUCCUCUCAUCGUCCAGCCCCGCAGGAUCGGCCCUGCCACCCAUACCAGAAUCACUACCAAAGGGCAUGUAUAUGUUUGGAGAUGUAGGCAGUGGGAAGACAAUGAUGAUGGAUUUGUUCUACGACACACUUCCACCAAACAUUAAGAGAAAGACAAGGAUCCAUUUCCAUGCCUUCAUGCAAAGCGUACAUAAAGACUUGCACAAAAUGAAGAUGCAGCAUGGGAAUGAUAUUGACAGUAUACCCUUCGUCGCAGCGGGUAUAGCAGAGCGGUCCUCGGUUCUUUGCUUCGACGAAUUCCAAUGCACGGAUGUCGCCGAUGCCAUGAUCCUCAGGAGAUUAAUGGAGAGCUUGAUGGCGCAUGGAACAGUCAUCGUCACGACGAGUAACAGACACCCAGACGACCUAUACAAGAACGGUAUACAAAGAGAAAGCUUCAUACCUUGUAUCAAUCUUCUAAAAUCAAGACUUACGGUCCUGAACCUGGAUUCGUCGACAGAUUACAGAAAGAUCCCACGGCCGCCAAGUGGUGUCUAUCACCACCCGCUAGACGCCUCCGCGCAAACGCAUGUAGAGAGAUGGUUCCGCUUCCUCGGAGACUUCGAUAACGACCCACCGCACCCGGCUGUUCACGAGGUCUGGGGAAGGGAAGUUCGCGUACCGAAGGCUAGCGGGAAGUGUGCCGUGUUUAGUUUCGACGACAUCAUUGGACGCGCUACGGGAGCAGCCGACUAUCUGGAACUUACGAGGCAGUAUGAGGCGUUUGUUAUUACAGGGGUGCCUGGGAUGAACUACAGGUCAAGAGACUUGGCGCGGAGAUUCAUCACUUUUAUAGAUGCCGUGUACGAAUCAAGGGCCAAGCUAGUAAUGACAACAGCUGUUCCCCUAACAGCCCUUUUCCUCGAUCAGUCCGAACUAAACGACGCUGUAACCGCUACACAGAAAGCUGGAAAACUUCCCACUACGACCUCUCCUUCGCCCAAGCCACCUGCCAAAUCUGCCGAAGCAGACGAUCAUGAAGCUAUCUCGGAUGUUAUGCGUAAUCUCAUGGAUGACCUUGGCAUGAACAUGGACAUGUUGAAGAACAGCAGUAUUUUUUCUGGUGACGAAGAACGAUUUGCGUUUGCUAGGGCCUUGUCGAGAUUGAGUGAAAUGGGAAGUCAGGAGUGGGUCGAGCGGGGGUUGGGACUGGAGAAAAGAGGCGGAAAGGGAGAGAUGGAGGGGUGGCAGAAGGUCACGAAUCUUCGCAUUGAAUACUCGCCACCGCCAGACGCGGGCAUUCCUCUUGCC